GUAUUCUUACGUUUGAUCGUUGAUUUGUCGAAACGUAAUAAUUUGCAAAAUCGUGAUAAUGUUGACCAAGUUUUUAUUCCUUCAAAUCGUAGGUUUAUUCUUUAAACUUAUAGUUGCAGAAUGGAAUACGCAAGAUUAUGAACGAAGAGAGCAUUCUCUUACAAAACCUUACCAAGGUAGCAGCAUGUCAGUACCUUACUGGGAUUUCUUAGGCAGCACGAUAGUUACAUCGAAUUACGUACGACUAACGCCAGACUUACAAUCGAAAUCUGGCGCUAUCUGGAACACAGUACCAUGCUACACUCGCAACUGGGAGGUGCAAGUCCAAUUCAAAGUCCAUGGUCGUGGUAAAGACUUAUUUGGUGAUGGCCUUGCUUUAUGGUAUGUGAGAGACCGAAUGCAGACUGGCCCAGUAUUCGGCAGCAAGGAUUACUUCUAUGGACUGGCUAUUAUUCUUGAUACAUAUAGCAACCACAAUGGUGCACACAAUCACCAGCACCCGUACAUAUCGGCGAUGAUAAACAACGGGUCGCUACACUACGAUCAUGACAGAGAUGGCACGCACACGCAGCUGUCGGGCUGCGAAGCUAAGUUCAGAAACUACAACCACGACACGCAUAUAUAUAUAGUUUAUAAGGAUGACACACUUAUAGUGUCAACUGAUCUCGAAGGGAAAAAUGCCUGGAAGGAAUGUUUGAAAGUAGAAAAUGUCCUCUUGCCGACUGGUUAUUAUUUCGGCGCUUCAGCCACUACGGGAGAUCUGAGUGACAACCAUGAUAUUAUCGCUAUUAAGAUGUACGAAUUGGACUUGCUAGAAACGCAAAAUAGAGAUGAAGACAGGUCACAUAUCAUCCCGUCCGCUGCAUCGUUUGAAGCACCACGCGAUAGAGUGGAGGACGCGAAACCAGCUAUGUCUGGAAUUAAAACUUUCCUUUGGAUGAUGGCAGUCGCAAUUGUGAUUAUAGUAAUAGUUGUUUUGGGAAUUAUGUGGUACCAGAAAAGGCAAGAACAAUCGCGAAAGAGGUUGUAUUGAUUUAUCAAAGUACCAAACGUAAGAAGGAAUGGAAUAGUUGUCUUUUUGUAAGUGAAGUGUAUUGAUGAUGAGUGGCUUCGAUGAUGGUCAACGGGACAGAUGUUUAGAUGACGAAACUUAGAACAUUUUUUCUGUCAUGUGUAAUGGCCGUGGGUAUAUUAAAAAUAAAUAUUAUAUACAUAAAGAGGUGAGCAACAUGCUAUCCUAAUUUAAUAACCAGAUGGAAUAUUUUACUAAUUAAUCAAAAGAAUGAUCAAAAACCAUCAUAUAUAUUGCUCAGAACAU